AAAAAAAUAUUUUCGUUUGAAUUUUCUACCCGCGCAGACAUGCAAUAUGCAUUAGAAUUGCCGUAAACUAUUCCGUUUAGUUAAAAUCGUGUGUAAAACUGGUUGUGCCACGUGUACAGUGAACUAUUCAGUGAUAAAAAUCAAGUUCAACCGGUUUUAAGUUUACUACUUUCAUAUUUAAAAUCGGGAGGACGUCUGACCCCAGCUGUGUUAUAUUCAAUAGGUAACAAUGUCGCGUGACAGAACAUCACGAAGGUUCUACCGCGCCGAGUCCACGCACGACCUUUUAUCGUACAUGGACAAAGGGCAAGCGGCGUGCGAGGAGAACCGGUGGACCUUCGAGACAGCUUGGGAAGCGGCUAAUAAAGUCGGCGGUAUCUACACUGUGAUCAGAUCCAAGGCAUAUGUGUCUACAGAAGAAAUGGGUGAAAAUUAUUGCUUGCUCGGACCAUACAAGGAGCAUUGCGCUCGGACAGAAGUGGAGGAGGCAGAUUUCCCCCCGAAUUCUCCGCUCACCACAGCUGUCAACGCCAUGCGAAGCCAGGGUUACAAGCUUCACACAGGAACCUGGCUAGUAGAUGGCAACCCGCAGAUCAUUCUGUUCGACAUCGGCUCGGCCGCGUGGCAAAUGGACAGCUACAAGCAGGAACUGUGGGACACCACGUCCGUCGGUAUACCGCACCUGGACGUCGAGGCCAACGACGCUGUCAUCCUCGGGUUCAUGGUCGCGCACUUCAUCACUGAGUUUCGCAAAGCUGCUGAGAAUUACAGCGACACUCCGCCACGCGUCGUCGCACACUUUCAUGAGUGGCAGGCGGGCAUCGGUCUCAUCGUUUUAAGGGUGCGUCACGUAGACGUCGCCACGGUGUUCACAACGCACGCGACACUUCUGGGGCGAUAUCUGUGCGCUGGCAACACAGACUUCUAUAACAAUUUGGAUAAGUUCUCGGUGGACGAGGAGGCGGGAAAGAGACAGAUAUACCACCGCUACUGCAUGGAGCGCGCCGCCGCACACAUGACGCACGUGUUCACAACGGUCUCGGACAUUACGGGAUACGAAGCGGAGCACCUCCUCAAACGGAAGCCCGACUUCAUCACCCCGAAUGGUCUGAACGUGAAGAAGUUCUCAGCCUUGCACGAGUUCCAGAACCUACACGCGUUGGCCAAAGAAAAGAUCAAUGAAUUUUCAAGAGGACACUUUUAUGGGCAUUUCAACUUCGACCUGGACAAGACUCUGUACUUCUUCAUCGCCGGCCGCUACGAGUUUGGAAACAAGGGAGCGGACAUCUUUAUAGAGGCUUUAGCUAGAUUAAACCAUUAUUUAAAGUCGUCCGGGUCGGAAAUGACAGUGGUCGCGUUCCUCAUCUUCCCCGCCAAGACCAACAACUUCAACGUGGAGAGCCUGCGGGGGCACGCCGUCACCAAGUCCCUGCGCGACACCAUCAACGACAUCCAGCAGAAAAUCGGAAAGCGGAUGUACGACAUAUGCUUGGGAGGCCAUUUACCCGAUGCGUCGGACUUGCUGCACAAAGACGAUACGGUUCGUCUUAAACGCUGUAUUUAUGCAUUGCAGAGGGACGGUUUACCGCCCGUCACAACACAUAACAUUGUAGAUGAUUGGAGCGAUCCGGUGUUGAACUCGGUGCGUCGCUGUCAACUUUUCAACACUGUCAACGAUAAAGUUAAAGUAAUAUUCCAUCCAGAGUUUCUAUCCUCAACCAACCCGCUCUUCGGGCUGGACUACGAAGAGUUCGUCCGCGGCUGCCAUCUUGGAGUAUUUCCUUCAUACUACGAGCCGUGGGGCUACACGCCUGCUGAGUGCACUGUCAUGGGCAUACCCAGUAUUACUACCAACUUGUCUGGUUUCGGUUGCUUCAUGCAAGAGCACAUCGCGGACCCGAUGUCGUACGGCAUAUACGUGGUGGACCGGCGCUACAUCUCCCUGGAGGGCUCCGUGCAACAGCUCGCGCAGUACAUGUACGACUUUACCAAGCUAACCCGUCGCCAGCGUAUCAUCCAGAGGAACAGAACGGAAAGAUUAUCAGAUCUCAUGGAUUGGAGAAAUUUGGGCAUUUACUACCGGCAAGCGCGCGCUCAGGCGUUGAAGAUUGUGUACCCCGACUACGUGGACCACAUGGACCAGGAGCUGGGCAAACGGUUCAACUACCCGCGCCCGAUCUCCGAACCACCCAGCCCCACGCAUUCUAGAGCUACUACCCCGGCCCCUUCGCUCCACGGUUCGGAAGAUGAAGAUGAGGACGAGGUCGACGAGGAGAAGGAACUCGCAGAAUUGAGGAUCACAGACUAGUUAUUUUAGGUACAGAUUAUAAAUCGUAUUUACAAGUUUAAUAAUACUCUGUGGAGAGAGAAUGGUGAAUUUCCAGGUCACAAAUAAUGAAUAGACAAUAUAUAUUUUAUUUUCAAUACAUUCGCGUGUAAGGUGGCACUUUAUACACUCUUGUCAAUGCUUUGAAAUAGGCUAAUACAGUAAACAGUGCGGGUACCCCUAAUAUAUAUAGUAAGCUCCGUGCAGACACGGCUACUCGCAACUCUGGAGUAAGUUAAGGCACAGUAAAUAUAUUGAAGCAGUAUGGAAACUACAAAAAAACGUUUGAUACAGCACACUUACACAUAUGUACGCACCGACGAGGCCUCAAAGCUGUUAUCGCAGAAUUUAAGUCGGGGGUACGGUUUCCAGAGUUGCGAGUAGCCGUGUCUGCACGGAGCUUAUAUAUAAAUAUAUAUAUAUAUAGUAAAUUAAGCAUAUUUUUAAGUAUAUUGUUUACGAGACAGCGAAUAUAAAAGAAAAAUAUUUUCUGAUUGCCUUACUAUUACUGAAAACUUUUAGGCAGAGGGCGCUGUUAGUUUGUUACUUGUCAGUUGUCGCCAGUCAGGGGU